GCUGGUCCCUCCAAAUUCCCUCUUCUUUUUUCGAUUCUUCUUUCCCUUUCCCUCGAAUCAUUUCCUCUCUCAUUCAAUCUCAUGGUCGAUCGAUUCCUCUGGAAGUUUCUCCAUUGAAAUCGCCGAGAUUCAGAGGAGAUGCCGCUCUUCAUUUCCGACGAAGAGUACUCCCGGUGCUCAAACGACGUCGCUUUGGUCGCCGAGAAGGCGGAUUCCUUCAUCAGAGACCUCUACAACGAGCUCCAGACCGUCAAAGCUCAGGCCGAUGCCGCCUCCAUCACCGCCGAGCAGACUUGCUCUCUUCUUGAGCAGAAGUACAUCUCUCUCUCCCAAGAAUUCUCCAAACUCGAAUCUCAAAACGCCCAACUCAACUCCUCUCUUCAAGAACGACUCUCAGAGCUCGCCCAAAUCCAAGCUGAAAAGCACCAGCUCCACCUCAAAUCCAUUGAGAAAGAUGGAGAGAUUGAGCGGUUGUCUACUGAGGAGUCGGAGCUUCAUAAAUCGAAAAGGCAGUUGCUUGAGUUUUUGGAGCACAAGGAUUUGGAGAUUAGUGAGAAAAAUGCUACAAUCAAAAGUUACUUGGAUAAGAUUGUUAACAUGACAGACACUGCUGCUCUAAGGGAGGCUCGACUGAGUGAUGCCGAGGCAGAGUUGUCACGUUCUAAGGCUGCAUGUGCACGUCUUUUACAGGAGAAAGAACUUAUUGAAAGGCAUAAUGUUUGGCUUAAUGACGAGUUAACAUCUAAAGUUAAGAGUCUCACUGAGCUACGAAGAACACAUGUUGAACUUGAGGCAGACAUGUCUACUAAGCAUUCAGAUGUUGAGAGACGAUUGAAUGAAUGCUCUAGCUCUUUGAAAUGGAAUAAAGAAAGAGUGAAAGAGCUAGAAAUGAAGUUGACAUCAAUGCAACAGGAGUUGUGCUCAUCAAAAGAUGCUGCUGCAGCCAAUGAACAGAGGCUUUCUGCUGAAAUCAUGACUGUAAACAAACUUGUUGAACUGUACAAAGAGAGUUCAGAGGAAUGGUCCAGAAAGGCAGGAGAGCUUGAGGGUGUGAUCAAAGCUUUGGAAACACAUUUGAUUCAAGUUGAAAAUGACUAUAAAGAGAGACUUGAAAAGGAAGUAUUUGCCAGAAAGGAACUCGAAAAGGAGGCAGCAGAUUUGAAAGGGAAACUCGAAAAGUGUGAGGCUGAGAUGGAAACUAGUAGAAGAGCAAAUGAGCUAAAUCUUCUUCCACUCAGCAGUUUAAUUACUGGAACCACAUGGUUGGAUUCUUUUCAAACCAAUGACAUGGUUGAAGAUAACUGCAUGCUUGUCCCCAAGAUUCCAGCGGGUGUUUCAGGGACUGCAUUAGCAGCUUCGCUUCUGCGCGAUGGCUGGAGUCUGGCUAAGAUGUAUAGCAAAUAUCAAGAGGCUGUUGAUGCCUUGCGACAUGAGCAAUUAGGAAGGAAGCACUCUGAAGCAAUGUUGGAACAGGUCCUGCAUGAAAUAGAGGAGAAAGCUGUAGUCAUUUUGGAUGAGAGAGCGGAACAUGAGAGAAUGGUUGAAGGAUACUCUGCAAUCAACCAAAAACUGCAGCAAUCUCUUUCUGAGCAGUCGAAUUUGGACAAAACAAUCCAGGAACUUAAGGCUGACUUGAGGCAGCAAGGACGUGACUACGCUGUGGCUCAGAAAGAGAUUGUUGACCUGGAGAAACAGGUGACGGUGCUUUUAAAGGAAUGCCGAGAUAUACAGCUUCGUUGUGGAUUGGUGGGUCAUGAUUUCGCUGAUAACGGUACAAUUACUGCUGCUGAUGAGAUGAAUGCAGAGUCUAAUUCUGACGAAGUAAUUUCAGAACGGCUUUUGACUUUUAGGGAUAUAAAUGGAUUAGUUGAGCAGAAUGUCCAGCUCCGAAGCCUUGUACGCAGCCUUUCUGACCAACUUGAGGAUAAAGAUAUGGAGUUGAAGGAGAAGUUUGAACUGGAGCUCAAAAAGCAUACUGAUCAGGCUGCCUCUAAAGUUGCAGCAGUGUUAGAAAGAGCUGAAGAGCAAGGGCGCAUGAUUGAAUCACUUCACACCUCUGUUGCAAUGUACAAACGGUUGUAUGAGGAGGAACAUAAACUUCAUUCAUCUUUCCCCCAUUCUGCAGAAGCAGCUCCAGAAAAUGGAAGGAAGGACCUCAUGCUUCUUCUUGAAGGUUCUCAGGAAGCUACGAAAAAGGCCCAAGAACAAGCUGCUGAACGUGUCAGAUCUCUUCAAGAGGAUUUGGCGAAGUCUAGGAGUGAGAUCAUAUCAUUGCGAUCAGAGCGUGACAAAUUUGCUUUGGAAGCAAAUUUUGCACGAGAGAGACUUGAAAGCUUUAUGAAAGAAUUUGAACAUCAGAGAGAUGAAGCUAAUGGCAUCCUAGCAAGAAAUGUGGAAUUCUCUCAGCUAAUAGUUAAUUACCAACGAAAGAUACGUGAAAGUUCUGAAUCUUUGCAUACCGUCGAGGAACUUUCUCGAAAGCUAACUAUGGAGGUGUCUUUUUUGAAGCAUGAAAAAGAAAUGUUGUCAAAUUCUGAAAAAAGAGCUUCUGAUGAAGUUCGUAGUUUGUCUGAGAGGGUCCACCGUCUGCAGGCGACUUUGGACACUAUCCAUAGCACUGAGGAAUUUCGUGAGGAGGCUAGAACUGUGGAGAGGAGAAAACAAGAGGAGCAUAUAAGACAGAUUGAGAGGGAAUGGGCUGAGGCAAAGAAAGAGCUACAAGAAGAACGUGAUAAUGUUCGGACGCUCACACUUGACAGGGAACAGACUAUAAAAAAUGCCAUGAGACAAGUUGAAGAAAUGGGAAAAGAACUUGCUAAGGCCUUGCAAGCGGUUGCAGCUGCUGAGGCUAGGGCUGCUGUUGCAGAGGCUCGAUACUCUGAUCUGGAGAAAAAGUUGAAAUCUUCUGAAACCAAGGUUGUUGAGAUUAAUGGUGAAUGUGGACCCUCCUCGUCCUCAGCUCAUGAGGCUGUUGUGGACUUGCAUAUUGAGAAAGAAGAGAUAGAAAAAUUGAAGGAAGAAGCACAGGCUAACAAAGCUCAUAUGCUACAGUAUAAAAGCAUAGCAGAGGUGAAUGAAGCUGCACUGAAACAGAUGGAAUAUGCUCAUGAAAACUUCAGGAUUGAGGCAGAUAAGCUAAAGAAAUCACUGGAAGCAGAGGUUAUGUCACUUAGAGAGAGGGUUUCUGAACUUGAAAAUGAAGCUAUUUUGAAGUCCAAAGAAGCAGCAUCUACAGCUGCAGGAAAUGAAGAGGCUCUUGCUUCUGCUUUAGCUGAAAUUGGUAGUCUAAAGGAAGAAAAUUCAAUCAAAAUGUCCCAAAUUGCGGCGAUUGAAAUUCAAAUUUCUGCUUUGAAAGAUGAUUUGGAGAACGAGCAUCGACGUUGGCGUUCUGCACAAGACAAUUAUGAAAGACAGGUCAUCCUACAAUCAGAGACAAUUCAGGAGUUGACAAAAACAUCACAAGCUUUGGCUUUGCUGCAGAAGGAGGCUUCUGAAUUGCGUAAACUGGCAGAUGCAAAAAAUGCUGAAAAUAACGAAUUAAAGGGGAAGUGGGAAGUGGAGAAGUCAAUGUUAGAGGUGGCAAAGAAUGAAGCUGAAAAGAAAUAUGAUGAGAUUAACGAACAGAACAAGAUCCUACAUAGUCGGCUAGAGGCUUUGCACAUCAAAUUGGCUGAAAAGGACCGCAGAUCUGUUGGAAUAUCCUCGAGUAGUGGUUUGGAUCCACUUGGUGAUGCUGGAUUACAGAAUGUGAUUAAUUAUCUACGUCGCUCGAAGGAAAUAGCAGAAACAGAGAUCUCUUUGUUGAAACAGGAAAAGUUGCGAUUACAAUCCCAACUUGAGAGUGCUUUAAAGGCAACAGAGACAGCCCAAGCAUCACUUCAUGCUGAGCGUGCAAAUUCAAGAACAUUGUUGUUCACAGAAGAAGAGAUCAAAUCCCUACAACUUCAGGUUAGAGAAAUGAACUUGCUUCGGGAAAGCAACAUGCAAAUCAGAGAGGAGAACAAGCAUAAUUUUGAGGAGUGCCAGAAAUUACGUGAAGUAGCUCAAAAAGCUAGGAUUGAGACUGAGAAUUUGGAGGUUCUACUGAGGGAGAGUCAAACUGAAGUGGAAACUUGUAAGAAAGAAAUUGAAAUGCAAAGGACGGAAAAAGAUCAAUUGGAAAAGAGGGUUGGUGAGUUGCUUGAGCAGUCCAAAAAUAUUGAUGUGGAAGAUUAUGAGCGCAUGAAACAUGAUUUUCAUCAGAUGCAGAUAAAUCUAAGAGAGAAGGAUGCUCAAAUAGAGGAAAUGAAGAGACAUGUAUCUGAGAAGCAGGAUAGAAUCUCAAAGUUGGAACAAGACAUUGCGAACAGCAGGUUGGAACUAAGUGAGAGGGAGAACAAGAUAAAUGAUAUUUUGCAAGCUGAGGCCAAUAUGAAAGCAGAGUUAGAGAAGCAAAAGAAGGUGACAGCUCAAUUAAAGAAGAGGUUGGAGGCCUUGUCAAGGGAAAAGGAGGAACUGAGCAAAGAGAAUCAAGCUCUUUCCAAACAGUUGGAGGAUUACAAACAAGGGAAAAGGUCCAUUGGGGAUGUUUCAGGUGAACAGGCCAUGAAAGAGAAGGAGAAGGAGAAGGAAAAAGAUUCCAGGCUACAGACUCUGGAGAAAGCUCUCGAGAGGCAGAGGGAGGAGUAUAGGAAGGAGAGGGAUGACCAUCGAAUGGAGAAAGCAAAGCGCCUGAAGACUGAGAAGACAAUCGUGGAUUCUAUUAAGAAUGUUAAUCAGGAGAAAGCAAAGCUGGUAGAUGAACUUGAGAAACAUAAGCUGGCUCUUAAGAGGGUCUCAGACGAACUCGAAAAACUCAAGCAUGCCAAAGGCAAUCUACCUGAGGGUACCUCAGUGGUUCAGCUUCUUUCUGGGCCUCUCUUGGAUGAUCUUGCUGCUGCCUAUGCACUGACUGUAGAAAAUUUUGAGAAGUUGGCACAUUCAGUUUUUAGUGAGCUUGGAGCUCGUGCUCUGCCGCUAGAUCCUUCUUCAACUGUUGAUACUUCUUCUUCAGCAGCUACUACUGGUUUAACAGCUCCUGCCCAACCUCCAAGUAUCUUGACUCCAGUGGUUCCUGCAACCAGCUAUUCACCAGCCAAAGCUGCCGAAGAAAGAGAGAAGAGAUUGGCUAUUCUUAAAACCAAUGCUGAAACGCGUAAAACUGGAAGGAAGUUGGUUCGGCCUCGUCUUGUGAAAAGUGAGGAGCCCCAAGGUGAUGUAGAUAUGGCUGAGAUUGAGGGGCCUAACAAUGGAGGGAAACCUGCACCUUCUCAGGACACAGAAACUCAAACUCUACCCCCAGUUCGCAAACGUUUAGCUUCUUCAUCCACUUCUGAUUUACAAGAAGAUACUCAGAUUCAAGGGGAGACUACCUCAGAUGUGGCACCACCUGUGCUAAAGAGAUCCAGAGGCUCAGAUUCCCCACAAGAGGCUGCUGAAGGACAGGCUGCUGCUUCUUUGGAAAAUCUUGAAACUCUUCGGGCCAUCGAAGAAUCUUUUGAUGCCAUUGCUGAUUUACCUCAAGGCUCCAAUGAGGAAGCCAUCGAUGUUGAGAAAGAAGAGGCAGAGAUUUCUGAAGGACAAACUGAGGAGCCAAAGGAACCAGCACAAGUAGAUGGCACGAGUGAAGUUGAAUUGCCGAAUGAGAGAGCCAGUGCUGUGGAAGAGGUUUUGGUUAAGCCAAUUGAAAGAGAAGUGGUGUUUGAUGAUGGACCAAAGGAUCAGGCUGAGCAAGACAUUCAACCAUCAAUGAUAGAAUUGGGAAGUGAAAAGGAAGAGGGAGAGCUGGACCCAGAUGUUACGGAUAUUGAGGGUGGUGGUGACAUGUGUAAUAUAACAGGGGGCACAACAAUAGGUGAGGGUCAGCCUGAGACUGUGGUAGUUCCUGUGACUUCACCAGCUGGGGGUGAUGAGGAAGGUCUAGUCACUGCAGCAGUGGACAUUGGUGAUAUUAAUUCCCCUGAGAUUCUAAAUGAUGAAAAAACAGCCGAAGGUGAUGUAAUGGAAGAGGUUGCUGAGGGUUCUGAUAAGUCGAAUGAUGGUAAUGAGCAGAUAGCCGUGGAGACUGACCAAACUCCUGAAGCUGCUAUGGGUUCUGAAAGUACUUCGACUAGUACUAGUACUGUUGUAGAUGUUGGUGUUUCAAAACAAGGUAGCCCCACCGUACCAGCAGAUCCAGAAGAGGUAAAACAGGCAUUGCCUGUUGGUAGCAGCUCAACUACCAUAAAUUUACAGGAGAGGGCUAGACAGAGAGCAAUGCUUAGACAGGCUGGAGUUCUUUCUCCUUCAGUUGGUAGAGGCCGUGGAAGGGCAAUAACUCGUGGUCGAGGUGUGCGGGGUGGACGGGGACGUGCUGGACGUGGACAAUCAUCUGGUGAUCAAGGUUAAGCUUGAAAGUUGGUAUGCAACCGUUUACACUAGCCUUGCCCUUUUCUCCUUGUGGAGGUUUUUUUUAGCUCUUCAUGAACAUAUUGCUUUUGAGUUAUCACAUAGGUAUUGGAUUUAGACCCUUGAGGGAGCAUUUUGACUAUCACUGUUAAUAUACAUUGAUGGAUGAAUAAUGCACUCCAUAUCCUUGGAAAA